UUUAAUAACAAUUUAUUAAUUAUCUCACCUUUAGUUUAUUGCUUAUUAUAUAAAGUCUCAUAUCCAGUGUUAGCACAUUACUACAUGUGUUAAAUAAGAAAUUAUCUGCAUAAACCUGCCGGCCACUUACACUUUGUGCUACAACAUACACAUUGAAGAUGUCAAACUUUGUGGACUUAGCUUCUACACAAAAGUCAAUGGAGUCAACACUCCUCAAGAUGAUGGCUGGUUUCGAGGGUAAGCUCCAAGCAAUCAGUCCACAAUCAACCGAUAUCACACAAUUAUCAAAUGAAUUUUAUGAAUUUAAAAACUAUACACAUCAAAUAUUCAGUCUACUCCGUCAGCAAAUAAAUUAUUUAGUCCACACCACUGACGAAAUUGAGAUGAGGCACAGACGGAAGUAUCUCCUCCUUGGUGGAGUUUCAGAGAGUGAUGAGGAUUUGGCCACAGUGAUUACAUCUAUUUUUAAAGAACACCUCAAACUGUCCGAUCUUCAUGCCUCAGAUAUUUCCAGCUGUCAUCGACUUGGUACAGUGGUUGAGGGACGACACAGACCCAUUGUUUUCCGACUCGCCAAUCCAGCUUUGGGUUUAUCUAUUUGGAAAAAUAAAACCAAAUUUAAGGGUACCAAGUUUGUCAUCUCCGAAUUCUUAACCCGACGAAGACAAGAGUUAUUCUUAGAGGCCCGCAAGCGGUUAGGAAUGAAAAAUGUUUGGUCGCUCAGUGGCAACAUCUACGCUAAAGAUCCAGAAGGCAGGCGUUGCCGUAUUAACAUCAUUGAUGACCUGGACGCUAUAGUCCCCAAUUCUAGCAUGCCCACUAUGUCCAAUAUACUGCAUACACCAUCCCAAGCGGUUCAGCAUGACAAUUUGGUUCCUGGAGUCACAAGAACUCGUCGUGGUAUGAAGGUGAAACAUACUAAGUAGUUGUAGAUUUAUAUUAUACGAUCGAUUUAUAUAACUGUAACAUUUGCUUUUACUCUUGUUUUAUAUUCACCCUCAUUUUAAUAUUUUUACA